AUGGCUGUAACAGAGACCUGGCUAUCGACUAAUGAGGAACUACUCUCUAUCUGUCCGGAUGGUUUCACGGCAGUACACAAACCCCGGGGAGGACCAACAAAAGGUGGAGGAAUUGCUCUCCUUUACAGAGAUUCGAUCAGACUUACCCAGCGCCAGAAUACCACCUUCUCCUCGUUUGAAUACAUGGAUGUAUCUUUUUCCGUGAAGUCAACAACAAUUAGACAAGUGAUCAUAUACCGCCCACCCAAGGAAAGUAAAGCAGUCUUUAUCGAACAAUUUUCGGAACUUCUCGAGAUGAUAAUUGUUUCGGAGGAGAAACUGCUGAUCACUGGUGAUUUCAACAUCAACAUGCUGGGGGGCGAGAGUCAAGAUGUGUACUCUCGGGGUCUUUCGGACCUCUUUGAAUCCUUUGGUCUCGUGCAGCAUGUCUCGCAAGUGACGCACAUACGUGGUGGCGUCAUUGAUCUGGUACUAUCACGGAAAUCGGACAACCUGAUUCUUUCGGCGGAAGUAGGUGGCCUGUUCAGUGAUCAUUUUGCAAUCGAGUGCGUGCUCAAAUUGUCCCGCCCCAUUCUCCCGACAAAGAAGAUAUCUUAUCGCCCAUUCAAAACCAUUGACUACGAGGCAUUCGCAGAAGAUGUUGCCAAACUGCCAUUUGUAUGCGAGCCUGCUGAAUCAUGUGAUGAACUAGUGCGGCAAUACAACUCUGGCAUCAUUUCCUGCUUGGAUAAACAACUCCCACCAAGGUCGAAGACAAUAGUUGUACGUCCACUGAACCCUUGGUUCAAUGAUGAGAUUAGGGCGGCAAGGAGAAGUAGUAGAGCAGCUGAACGUCGUUGGAGGAGCCGUCAACUGGAAAUCGACAAACAGAUCCUCUGCGGGAUGCGUGACCGCUUGUCGGAAGCCAUCAGAACUGCAAAAAUCAGCUAUUACAGCUCGCGUAUAAGUGAAUGUGGAAAAGACCAGCGUGCGCUAUUUAAAGUGGUGAACCGAAUGCUUGGGCGGCAGCGUGGACUAACGUUACCUAGUCAUGAAUCCCUUAAUGCAAUCCUGAACCAGUUCGGGGCGUACUUUCAAGAUAAGAUUGUCAAGAUAAGGACUGAACUUGACGGAGCAGUUAAUGAACGUGAGUUUCCGGACGACCAGGAGCAGUCAGAAGGAUUACAGAUGGAAGAGUUCACGCCGGUCUCGGUGGAAGAUGUAGCCUUGACAAUUGUGGAGCUAAAACAGGCACUCAUUCCGCCGCUUCUGAAAAAGUCGACAUUGAACCCUGAACUACUCUCGAGCUACCGUCCAGUAUCAAAUCUUCCCUUCAUCGGCAAACUUCUGGAGAGGAUCGCUGUUAAAAGGCUGAAUGUGCACCUAACUGACGGGGGGCGAAUGGCCCCGACGCAAUCAGCCUAUAGAGUGUAUCACUCGACGGAGACGGCUUUGGUGAAAGUUGUGAACGACCUGCUCAUGGCUGCGGACGGGGGCUAUGGCUCAGUAUUAAUGCUGCUUGACCUGAGCGCGGCAUUUGAUACAGUAGACCAUACAGCCUUACUGGAGAGACUCAAGAAUCGCUUCUCGAUAACUGGCUCUGCCCUUCAGUGGUUCCAAUCGUAUUUAAGCGAACGAACUCAGUCCGUCAGUGUGUGCGGUGUGAAAUCUGAGCCGCUGCCUUUAAUGUCGGGUGUGCCACAAGGCUCAGUACUCGGCCCGACAAUUUUCACCGCUCAUCUGAGUCCUGUUCAUGAUGUCGUGAGUAGGCAUGAGAUCAAUCUACAUACUUAUGCGGAUGACAACGAGCUUUAUACUAGCUUUAAUCUCCUGAAGGGGGAUCAAUCAGAUCAAAAAUAUUGCCAGAAUCAGGAGAUAUCUGGACAUCAACGCAACACGGACGCUGGUACAAGCGCUGAUGAUAUCGACUAUCGAUUACUGCAACGCUCUACUAGUCGGCCUGCCAGAGAGUGUGAUUGGAAAGCUGCAGAGAGUACAAAAUUCAGCGGCUAG